ACGCUGCGUUCCGUAAAGCGCAUGAUUUGUCACUGUAGAUUUGUUGAACGUUUGAUAAACAAGAAUAAAAUAAUACAUUACGUGCAUAUAUAUAAUAUAUUCGCUUUACGGAACCAAGGGAGAAUUUAGAUCGAAAUUAAAUUUUUAAAACAAGACGUUUAGAUUCUAUACGCUGUCUGUAAUGUAAAGAGAUAAAAAUUUCUUAAAAAGGAUUUAUCGAAUAUAUACAUGACAACGACUUUGUUCGUCUUUUUUGCAACAGACUCGAAUAGAAUAUGCAUUUAAAGUGAAAAGAUUUCUCUCUAUAUCAAAGAAACAUAGCAUGAUAAUGUUACGUUUAUUAAUUAAAAGUUGCUGUUUGCGGCGCAAACCGAACGCUUUACUAGCGGCUCGCUGUGAGAUUUAAAGCAAGAUGAGCGUAUAUUAACGCCGAAACCAUCAAAUUGACUUCCGACCUACUAGAAAAUUCACUAUUAUUAUUUCACAUUACAUUAUGAAGCACAAGGAUAUAAUCAUAACCGUCACGAAUCUUCUAGAAGGUCGGAGUAGCAAAAGCGAGCGCUGCACAGAUCCGUCCGCCACAUUCAAUAGAAGUUUUUUGUGAGACACGAACGCGAAUUCUUUUCGACAUCAACACUCAGUUUUGCGCUGGAAGUUCUUCGCUCACGCUCUGAUUAAUUUUUUCAAUCGUUGCACCGCCAUUGCUAUCGCAAAUUACACGCAUCGAGAUAGGUCAUAAGUCACAGGAUGGUCUAACAUAUAAUUGGGCCUAGAUCGCGAACGGCCGUGCACUUUGUACGUUAAUUGCCACAACAGCGCAGUGUAGUCUCGAGUUUCUUGCUUUCGUUCGUUGACUCGAAGAGAAUGUCCGACGAGGAGUGCUUGCCGAUUUCGAUUUCAGAAAAAAAACCGCGCUUCACGAUGACAAAAUAUCUGCCGGUAUUCAGAUGGCUGCCGCGAUACACUCGAUUCAAAGCCGUGUCAGAUCUAAUAGCGGGCAUCACUCUGGGUCUGACUAUGAUCCCUCAGAGUAUGGCUUAUGCAGUACUGGCUGAACGGAUUCCACAGUAUGGUCUGUACUCUUGUUUUGUGGGCGGUUUCGUGUACAUUAUUCUUGGAACCACCAAGGAAGUCUCAAUUGGUCCGUCAUCUUUGAUGUCCCUUCUAACGUUACAGUACACGCGAGACAUGCCGCAGGAUUUCGUAAUACUAUUGUGUUUUCUGACUGGAUGCGUAGAAUUUUUAAUGGGUGUACUAAAUCUAGGAUUCUUGGUGGAUUUCAUAUCAAUUCCAGUUACGUCGGGUUUUAUAUCAGCGGGAGCGCUCAUUAUAGCAAUCGCUCAACUGCAGGGCUUUCUAGGAUUAAAAUACAAGUCGGAAAGUAUCAUGGACAAUCUGUACCAAUUGUUUAAAAAUAUUAAUAAGGUUCGAUUGACCGAUUUCACACUCGGGAUUUUCAGCUUUAUGUUUCUUCUGAUCUUGAAAAAACUGAAAGAUAUUGACUAUCCUUGCAUGAGAAACAAGAAGGAUGCUCGCAGAAAUGAAAUUAUAAAAAAGAUACUUUGGUACUUUUCCAUUCUUAGGAACGCUCUCAUUGUGCUUAUUACAUCCACGAUAGCGUACGAAUUGGAAGCAAAUACGGGAUCCAUUCCGUUUAGACUUUCAGGAAAAAUUGAAGCCGGCAUUCCCAAAAUAUCAUUACCGCCAUUUUCGUCGCAAGUAGGAAAUCAAACAUAUACGUUUUUAGACAUGUGCGCUCAUUACGGAUUAGGACUAGGGUUACUUCCUAUCAUAUCCGUCUCGGUGAAUGUAGCAAUAGCCAAAGCGUUUGCGAUGGACGCCUCCAUUAGCGCGACACAGGAAAUGCUGGCUCUCGGUGUUUGUAACAUAUUAAGCAGCUUCGUGUCGUCGCUUCCAACUUCCGGUGCAUUUACUCGAAGCGGAGUUGGCAGUGCCAGCGGAGUGCAAACGCCUAUGGCCGGUCUAUAUUCUGGUACUAUGGCAUUGCUGGCGUUAAGCUUUUUGACGCCUUAUUUUUAUUACAUUCCACGUGCAACGUUAUCAGCAGUGCUGAUAAGUGCUGUGUUACCCAUGAUCGACCUAAAGAUUAUAAAAGUAUUUUGGAAAGGAAACAAAACGGAUGCGAUCGCGGCGACAGGCACUUUUGUGCUUUCCAUGCUUGUUGGCAUCGAAAUCGGAUUUCUUUUCGGUAUUUUUUUCAACUUGAUCAUUUUUAUCCGAUUCUUUGCAAGAUCGACAUUUCAAAUAGACAACUGUAAGACUCAUCUAGGAAACAAAUAUAUAAUGCUAAAAUUCGAUACCUGUCUCCAGUAUCCCGCAGUAACUUCUUUCUGUGAUAAAGUGAUAAAUUUAGCUACAAAAAAUGUUCCCUUGAUCAUAAACUGUAAGACAUUCACUAAUCUCGAUUAUACUUCAAUCAAGGGCAUUGAAACGUUAUCGAAAAGAUUAAACUACGAAAAAAAUCAAUUCUGGCUGUUGAAUCUUAAUUCUGAUAUCGUGCAAAAUUUCGACAUUUUUUCCGACAACAAAUAUAUUCGUUUGAUCGAAAAAAAAGAAAACAUCGCAGAUGUUCUUUACAAUGAUGCUUUAUCCAAUCAAAAUUCUGAAGAUUCAAUUAAUGUCACAAUAAAUUCCCGACGAGAGGAUUCCGAAUCCAGCUCCGAAGAAUUGACCUUAAUGUCACCAUUGGAAUGCAAAAUUAUACAACAAUGAUCAAACGACUAGAUAGUCUUUAAUUUAGCCUAGCAAUUAUAAAUAUAUGAAUAUAAUUAAAUAAAAUUAC